AACCCUACUUUAUCUGUGAUUUCAACGACCUACAAAUCGGAAAAGGUCGAUCCUACGGUUAAACAUAAAACCGUCCAGAUCAUCAGGACGGCAUAGAUUUAGCUUCAUCCAGAAUCAAACAUGUUGCGAACGAUUGUAUUUCGAAACCAGUUACUAAACAAUAGCUUAAAUAAAGUGGUCAGGAGUAACAUCACGAGAUGUGUUAGCACCGAGUUGGCCCGUCGAAAGCACCCUAGCAAAUUACUCUCAGCAUCAUACGUCAAGCGAGUGCUCGCCGCCCCACAAUGGACACCUCAGCUAAGGCACUACUCCGACCUGCCCUCACACUCGAAGGUGAACCUCCCCGCACUGUCGCCUACCAUGGAGAGCGGCUCCAUAGUCAGCUGGGAGAAGAAGGAGGGAGAUAAGCUCAGUGAAGGCGACUUGCUCUGCGAAAUCGAAACAGACAAGGCGACCAUGGGCUUCGAGACCCCCGAAGAAGGCUACCUGGCCAAGAUCCUGAUCCCGGCCGGCACCAAGGGCGUGGCCGUCGGGAAGCUGCUCUGCAUCAUUGUGGAGAACCAGGCUGACGUCGCUGCCUUCAAGGACUUUAAGGAUGACUCCACUGGAGCCCCUGCGAAGCGCCCAGCCGAAAAAGCCCCGGCAGCUGCGGCCCCGGCCGCGCCCGGCGCGCCGGCGCCCCCGGCCGCGCCCGCCCCCGCGGCCCCCGCAGCCCCCGCCGCCCCCGCCGCCGCCGCCGCGCCCGGAGGUAGGGUGUACGCGAGCCCCAUGGCCCGGAGACUGGCCGAGAUUAGGAACAUCCGCCUGGGAGGUACGGGCUCCGGCCUCUACGGGUCCCUGAAGAGCGGCGACCUCUCCGCCGCCGCCGCGCCCGUCUCCUUCGCCGUGCCCACCCCCGCGCCCGGCGCCACCUUCGUCGACAUACCGCUGUCCGGCAUGAGGGAAACCAUCGCCAAGAGACUGAGCGCCGCGAAGCAGCAGAUACCGCAUUACCAGCUGGUUGCUACGGUCAAUAUUGAGAAGACAUUGGAAAUGCGAGAGAGGAUCAAUGCUAGAUUAGCUAAAGAAAGCCCCGGUGUUAAGGUGUCCGUGAACGAUUUCAUCAUCAAAGCCGUGGCGGCGGCGUGCAAGCGCGUCCCCACCGUCAACUCGCACUGGAUGGAGACAUCUAUCAGACAAUUCUCGAACGUAGACGUAAGCGUAGCCGUAGCGACGCCCACCGGCCUAAUCACGCCCAUCAUUUUCAACUCCGAUUCCCGCGGUGUCAUCGACAUCUCGAAAAACAUGAAGGAGCUCGCACAGAAGGCUAAGGACGGCAAACUGCAGCCCCAGGAGUACCAAGGAGGCACCGUGACUGUCUCCAAUCUUGGAAUGUAUGGCAUCACAAUGUUCAACGCGAUCAUCAACCCGCCGCAGUCGCUGAUCCUGGCGUGCGGAGGCGUUCAGGAGUUGGUUAUUCCUGAUGAGAAGGCCGAGAAAGGAUUCCGAUUAGCCAAAUUCGUGUCGUUCACGGCGUCCGCCGACCACAGGGUGAUCGACGGCGCGGUCGGAGCCGAAUGGAUGAAGGUCUUCAAACAGAACAUGGAGGACCCCGCCAACAUCAUCCUGUGAACAACCUCUACACGCCCCAUUUGUCCGUUGGACCGAUAACCUUCUAAGGCCCAGCCAUACAAAUGAAAAGCCCAAAAUUUGCCACUGAAAUUUGAACCUAUAGUGCAGAGAAUAGAGUUGAUUUUUAUUUGUUAGAAAAUUUAACGAUACAAAAGAAAUGCAACUCUGUUCCAAUUGAAUAUGGUUUAAAUUACAUCGAACUGAAGAAGUACUAUAUGUCGGACCCUGGGCCUUAGGAGGACAAGCUCUGCACUGAACCAGUGAAAUUUAAUCGACAGGGAACGGUUUGCUUUUAAAUCAAUAGCGAUGUACAUGCGACCGUUCUAAUGACUAAAUUUCGUUGGAGUUGAAAGUACUUAUAGACCUUUGGGCGUUAGGUUAUAAGUGUUAUGCUCUGGUUUCCUACGAUAGCGGUGCCGUCAUAUAGCGGCCGUCUCCAUACAAAUACUACGACAUCCAUAUUUAGCCGUAUUACUUAGUAUGGAGACGGCCGCUAUAUGACGGCACCGCUAUCCUAGGAAAAUCGAUCUUUACGUUUACCUUACGCCCCGAAAUAGUCCUAUAAAAUGAGCACAUGCACGACUUUGAUUUGCAAAAAAUGUUGUCAUGUAAAUGUUUGUGCAUAUUAGCAUUUAUUGAUUUUCGUGGGCAUGUAAUGCCCUUAGCUCGCUUGAGAUUGUACAUAUGUAAGCGUUAUCAUGUUCUUUUUGUUCAUAUUGUUUUUGUUAUUUAAUAAUCAGUGUUCUUACGAGCUUUUAUCAGAUGGUCCAUUGUAUAAAUCGCGGGUUAGACUUUAGUAACCAUAUCAUAUCCUUCGUUACCGUCGUUAUAUUUAUAUUAAUUUUAUAUUCAUUAUUGAAUAAAAUCGAGGCUGUGUUACAGCGAUGAACCUACACAUUUUUGUAUUGACAUUGUUGAAUACAUUUUUGUAUACAUAUAAGCACACAACAUCGAAGGAUGUGCGUUAUUUAAGGGCUUAUUUAUUUAGUGUAAAUGAAGAAAUGAUUACGUACAAUUCAAUAGUAAGAGAAACUGCUCCGAGAUUUUUUAUAGGUAUUAUUUCAAUUAAUUUGGAAUGCGUACAAUUCGAAUGUAUUUUGGAGUACAGAUCUUUAUUUAUUUACUACCAGUGCCAGUUUGGGGACUGAAGUGAGCUUGGCAGAGGUGUACAUAUUGAACAAAUGCCGCACGCGUAGUAACAUAAAGGCCGAUUCCUACUUUUUUUCUAAUUUUAACCUUAUAUCUUAACGAUUUGACCGCUAAAGAUGGUAACUGACUCGCGCGACUACAGUCCAGUAUCAAACCUUCGUGCAUUCCGAUAAGCAGUGGCGUAGCGUGAACUAUUCUAGCCGUGGGCGAAGUUGCAUCUGCGAGGCCCUUUUCUUUUACUGUGCCGGAAGAGGCCUCGCGCGAGGCCCCCAUUUGGGCGCAAUCGUUCGCCCACGCCUGCCUACGCCACUGCCGAUAGGGUUCACGAUGACGCGCCGCACACGAUGCGGCGUUCAAAAGGAUACGAUCGAAUUUGUGACGCAGAUUUUCUACAAUCUUGAUUGCGAUAGGCUAUUUUGAAUUGUGAACCUUAUUUAUAUUCGUUUAUGAUUGAUUUUGUAACAGAUUGGGUCUUUGUAUUAUUGGGCGUGCGUUGUGACUCGCCGCAAGAUAUCGUUUUGUUACCAUGCGUCGAGUUUUGAUGCCGAUAGAUGAUUUUAUGAAUGUUAGUAAAUAUAUUUUAUUUAUAAAUAAA